AAUGCAUGAUGGUAAUGAUUCCUUUUUUGCCUCGUGUGUUACCAGAAGCAUAUUGAGUCGAAAGAUUUCUACUGAAAAAAAUUGACUUGUUUUGAUUCAAAAUCCAACAUGGUAACUACAAAAAAAUCGAAAAAAUCUCAAGAGAGCAUCAAUACUCGUCUCCAACUUGUCAUGAAAAGUGGUAAGUACACUUUGGGUUAUAAGUCCACCUUGAAGACAUUACGUCAAGGCAAAGCGAAACUUGUGAUCAUCUCAAACAAUACUCCUCAACUGAGAAAAAGUGAAAUUGAGUAUUAUGCCAUGCUGGCAAAGACAGGUGUGCAUCACUAUACUGGCAACAAUAUUGAAUUGGGAACAGCUUGUGGAAAAUAUUUUCGAGUAUCUGUCCUAAGCAUUACUGACCCUGGUGACUCUGACAUCAUAAGAACAAUGCCAACUGGACAGGAGUCACAAGAUAAAUAAAAAGUUACUACAAGUUGUCAUUGUCAAUAAAAUAACUUAAAUAA